AUGUACGCUCGUUACGUCCCAUCCAAGAAGAAGGAGGCCCAGGCGCCUGUCGAACCUUCGCCGCCGCCGCCGCCUCCCCCAGCUUCAGAGCCAUCCGCGACACCAGCUAGCGAGCCAGUCGUGACCGAAGGUACCACGGCGGCCGUUCCAUAUGCACGAUUUGUUCCCUCCAAGAAGCCUCGCGCCUCCAUUUCAAGUUUUGCACCAGAAAGCAACGACGUGCUGUCCCCGGCGACGAAGCGCAAACAUGAAGAGCCAGUCGAGACCUUAGAUACCCCUGUCAAGAAGAAGAAGAAGUCAAGAAAGUCAGAAGGUGAUGCUGCCUCGGACGAAGACAAGACGACACCAAAGAAGUCCAAGAAAUCGGAAUCAGAAGACACGAAGUCGGAAAAGAAGAAAACGAAAAAGCAUGUAUCUGAGGUCUCGGCUGUCGAGGCUGGUAGCGACGGGGAGGACACCAAAGAGAAGAAGGAUAAGAAAAAGAAGAAGAAGGACCGCGGACAGGACGAAGAUGCAGAGGAUGGCGCCGUCGGCAGAAGACACAAGGACGUCUUGGCCAAGGCUACAAAGUACUUGAAAAAGUCAGCAGAGCUGAUCGCCAAGAACGAGGCCGCGGACAAGAUGGAUGUGGACGAGGAGGAGGAGAAGGAAGAAGAAUACGACUUGGUGCCCCUUCCACAACCCGAACCGACCGCCCUCGAUACCUCGAAACCCUCAUACGAGACGCUCCCGCCUUGGCUCGCCGCCCCGAUACGCGUAGCUCCCGACACACGGACGCCCUUCGCAGACAUUGGCAUCAACCCGAAAGCAGCCCAGAUUCUCGAGUCAAAGGGUUUCAAGGACGCCUUUGCUGUUCAGACGGCCGCUCUUCCCUUGCUUCUGCCGUCGUGCAAGCAUCGGCAAGGUGAUCUUCUUGUUGCGGCGGCCACUGGCUCCGGUAAGACGCUGGCAUACGCCUUGCCUAUCGUGCGCGACAUCAGCCAAGGGGCCGUGACGAGACUGCGGGCUCUGGUCGUUCUGCCGACGCGUGAGCUGGUGAAGCAGGCCCAGGAGGUAUUUGAGCUUUGCGCUAGCGCAUUCGAUGGCCGUGAGCAGAAGAGGGUGCGCAUUGGUAUCUCCAUCGGUAGUCAGCAGUUGAAGCACGAGCAGACCAGCCUCGUCGAAAAAGGGGAGAAGUACGACCCUGAAGCAUACCGCGCCGCACACCAAAGAGAAUUGGAGGCAUGGAAGGAUGUUGAGGACACGGCGGCGGAAGAUGAGGACGCAGCAGUAACGAAGCCGACCGCCGGGUCUCUCCCGGAUCACAUUGUCGACUACACAUCCAAGGUCGACGUCCUAAUCUGCACCCCGGGAAGGCUCGUCGAGCACAUCAACCUGACCCCCGGCUUCUCACUAGACUACGUGCGUUGGAUGGUUGUCGACGAAGCCGACAAGCUCCUCGCUCAAAGUUUUCAGGGUUGGCUUGACACCGUGAUGCCCAAGCUCAGCACCAAUAAGUUCAGCGCUCGCGAUUUCCCCGACUCAAAUCUCAGCGGCGUACGCAAAGUCGUCCUCAGUGCCACCCUGACGCGGGACCUCAGCUUGCUGAGUGGGCUGCAGCUUCGGAGGCCGCAGCUCAUCGUCUUGGAAGGCGACAAAGCCGACGGUACGGCACCUAUUGCAGAGCAUACCCUGCCCACUCUGCUCAAGGAGUCGGCCAUCAGAGUACACGACGCGAACCUCAAGCCACUCUACCUUAUCGACCUCCUUCUCGAUGGCCACCUCAUGUCCGACACCGCUUCCAAGACGGACUCCAAAUCCACUGCGGAAGACGACGCCACAUCCUCAUCAGACGAUUCCUCGGACUCCAGCUCCGACUCCGAUUCCGACUCGGACUCGGACAGCUCCUCAGACGCCAGCUCAACAGCCGCCGCCACCACCACCCCCAAACCCUCCACAAAACCCUUCACAACAACAGCCCUCAUCUUCACCAAAUCAAACGAAUCCGCCCUCCGUCUCUCCCGCCUCAUCUCCCUCCUCCACCCUGCCCUGGCCCCCUUCAUCGCAACCCUCACCUCAACCCAAAAGACCUCGGACCGCCGCCGCGCCCUCCGCGCCUUCGCCUCCCGCCGCCUCCGCCUCCUCGUCGCCUCCGACCUCGUCGCCCGCGGUAUCGAUCUGCCCCUCCUCGACAACGUCAUCAACUACGACCUCCCCGCCAGUGCCGCCGGCUACGUCCACCGCGUUGGCCGUACCGCGCGUGCCGGCCGCGCCGGCGCCGCCUGGACGCUGGUGGAGGACGGCGAGAGCGGUUGGUUCUGGGGCAAGAUUGCCAAGCCGAGCAGCGGGAUCCGCCGCGCGGACAAGGUUGAUCGCCUGCGUAUCGGGGAUCCCGAUAGCGGUGGGUUCGAGGAGGAGAGGGUGCAGAAGUAUGAGGAUGCGUUGGAGAAGCUGGGCAAGGAGGCUGGUGAAGCUAGGAGGCAACGAUAGUGUUGGAUAUAGCGGUGUCUCGUAUAAUAAUACCAUUUCAAAGCAUGUGUUGCCUAAGAUGCUCCUUCUUUUUCAUCAUUUAUAUAUGAAUUAGCUCACUAAGAGUUGCGGAUUUCAUCAUCAGGGAAGCCGGUUGGUACAACUCCUCGCCCCGACAUGCUCUUGAUAUGUAAGCUUCUCUAGCUGAACGUUGGAUCACCAAGAUAUCUGAGCUUUCUAGAUUGUAUUUAUUAUUGUAUUGACUGGUCCAUCACC